UUGUAGUUCCUGUCAAGCAGUGAGUUCUGUAGGGAAGCGAAAGAAGAGAUGCUCCUUGCUACUUACACUUUGUAACUCAAACCAGCACAAUUGUGAAUGCGUUGGUUUCCUUAUCGUCUUUUAAGAUCAGUAACGUUAAACACCUCAACUCACCGAACGCUUGAAUACAGUCGUUAAUAGGUGAGUGGUUAAGCUAGUUGACGUUAGCUACGUGGCCGCCUCACGUGUGUUUUGCUAACGUUAACGUGAGCUAUCGGAGAGCUGUCAUUGAAACCCGUUUUGGUUUGGGUACUGCACGUGAGUGUAGUUUAGUGAAUCUUUUUAGAGAGAGUGCAGCUCCAGGUAUGGCUGGCAGCAGGGUGAAGUUGGAGCUAACCCGUGUGGUUCAGGGAAGAAGCCGGCUGGGUGUACUGAAGGGGCUCGGCAGGACGGGACAGCACUCUCUGGAAGUCCCGGGGUGUCUGCUGCACACACACGUAGGCACAGUGCCCCACCUCACCCAGGACACACUGCACACCCUGAGCAACCUCCCCUCUGUCACUCAGGUUACCCUGUCCAAUAUAGCAGAGCACCAGGAAGUGUUGGAGGAGUUUAAGGAUGGAUUCAGAAAGUUUGCAGGUCUUCAUGAUACUGUGUUGUACUGCUCGCUUCACGACCCCGCGACCCCCUGCCCAACAGGUUACACUACUAACAAGACGGUGUCAGUGUGGGGCAGCGGUGGGCGGAUAGAGCUGACAGUGGCCAAGUUUAUGGCUCUCCAGAAGGCCGUGCAGCCAGACUGGUACCAGAGCAUGGCAGACGGAGAGACGUGGCAGAAUAAUACCUCCCGCAAAAGGGUUCGAAAGUCGGUGGAUCGAACUCUCGCCCACUUGGAUGAGUGUCUGCUGGUUCACCAAAAAUCCCAGGAAUUGGAGGGAGUGGAGAUAUUUGGGGUGGUGGAGGGAGGAGACAUCCUGGAAGAGAGGGUGCGCUCAGCCAGGGAGACAGCCAAGAGACCGGUGGCAGGAUUCUGCCUGGACGGCCUGCAGACGGGAUCCAUGGACCGGGCCCUGAGAACCCAGCUCAUCACUGCUUUGACCAAAGAGCUGCCUGAGGACAAACCAAGACUGCUGCAGGGUGUAGGACGACCUGAUGAGGUGCUGGCAUGCGUGGAGGCCGGUGUGGACCUGUUUGAGAGUUUCUUCCCCUUCCAGGUGACGGAGCGAGGCUGCGCUCUUUGCUUCGGCUUUGACAUUUCCCCGGACCCGGAGCUUGCAGGUAGAGCACCCCACGCAGUGCUAGGGCUGGAUGAAGAGAGGGACAUGGCGGGAGAGACGCAACAGAAUGGAGAUUUAAAUCUUGAUGAUCAAACGCAGAUGACAUCCUUUGAGAUCAAUCUCAAAGACAAAAGUUACCAGGAUGACUUCAGGCCCCUGGUGGAGGGGUGUGGCUGCUACUGCUGUAAGAACCACCAGAGGGCGUACCUGCACCACCUGCUGGUGACCAAUGAGCUGCUGGCUGGAGUCCUGCUCAUGAUUCACAACACAGCCCACUAUCAAGCCUUCUUCGGCGCCCUGAGAGAAGCUCUGGCCAUUGAUAAACUGGACCUUCUAAAGAGACGAGUACUUAGGGAAAGAGCCAGGCAGACGCAAUAAAAGGACUAAGACUGAUACAGUGGAAUGAUAGAAGAGGGAGUGAUCCUGUUUUUCCUCUAAAGGAUCACUGGACUGGCUUUACUAGACACAAUCAAAGCUUAGUCUUACUACCGCAGUGACCUUGAGACUGAGCCCCUCCACAUAUCACUAUUGCAAUGUCUCUGAAGCACGAUUAAAAGAGCAGGAUGAAAAGACAAAAAAGACAUUUAAUGUUUGUCCCUUGGAUUUUGGUUUCACAGCAAGAGGGACCGGUCUCUAAAGCUUGUGUAUGGAUCUGAGCAGAGAGACAAUAGAUGAAGUCAGUGUGUGCCUUCUGUUGUGGUGUGAUUGCAGUACCCUUUGGACUCAUUGAUACAGUUGCAUAGACCAGUGUUAAUGAGCCAACUUGGGUGACCCAAAAAAGUUCCCGCUUUUCUCCUGUCAUACAUUAAAAUGUCAUCUACUAAGAUUUCCUUUUUGUUAUUUCAUAUUGUUCUGUGGUCGUCCAGCCGUUCAUUUGUUCUUGUGUUCCAAAAAUAUUUUUAAUGUUUCAGUUGGAUGAGCAUCUCACACAUGUAGACUUUGACUUCAUGUUGUUGUCAAACCCAAUGACUAACAAGCAUUGAUGGUGAGUUUGUGUCGCAUUAAACACGCUGCUCUCAACAUGCAGAUGUGGUGGUUGUAUCUUGUGAGCUUCGGGGAGGUUAACUGAAGGUUUGAGCUGACAGCUUCGCCAUUCCCGCUGCUGAGGUCAAGGAAAGAUAUGGGUCUCUACUGCCUCCCGUCCAGUGAUGGAGAGAGGCGUUUUGAAGGUGAGGAGAUAUAAUUGACUGACCGUGCAGAUACCAGUGGGGGACAAGGGAAAGAAUGAGAGAGGGAGAGUGACAGAUUAAAGAAACAGCAGUAAGAUUUGUUGACACUCUUGUGGUUUAACUUAACCACAUUACACAUUAUAUAGCAGUAGGUUGGAGGAUUUACUGUCACUGUCAUUAAUAGUUUGGUGCUGUACAACAUGUUUCGGAGAUCUAGGCAUAGUACAAGUUGGGAAAGAUGGAAGUCUAUUAACUGCGGAGAAAAUGAAAGAUAAAACAAGCAGUCACGUCGUGACAUCUUUAUUUUGGGGUUUAAUGGAAUGGUAUCAGAAGAUGGUGCAGAAAAGGUUGUAAAGUCAAUUCCCCAGAUUAGCCAGUAAAAAUAGAAUGAGUAGUGAACGGAUAUUGCCCUCCUUUCUCCUUUUUCAGCUCUUAGUAUUUUACUCAGAAACAUCUCAGUGGAGGUGUUCAGCAUAAUGUUUUGUUGUGUAUCUGACAAAAAUUUGUAUAAGAAAAUUGUCACUAAAUCUACCCUUGAUAAAUA